UGGCAUCGGUCUUGGCAACGUCAAUAUGCACGGGUGCACGAUCGCCAAGGUGUUUGCUGUGUGCGCUUGGCUAAACCGCCACGACCUUUCAAGAUCGCCCGAACCCCGUGUCUCUUGCCAGAGCGGUUUGGGACGAUGAGCUUUCUAAUGGCACCGCCGAGCGACGACGAGUGCAAAGAAGACGACAGCGAGCUCUACUACUGGGAUUCGUCCGAGGACGCGCGCCUGACGACCAAGGCGUGGCACUGGACGUACUGGUCGGGCAAGAAGGUUUACGAAGGCAUGGAGUUUGGCGGUGAAGUCAUCGCUACGUUCCUCGGCCUCACGCGCUCCAAGUACGACUGGAUCCUCGAGUCGAGAGAGCGCGACGAGCAGGAGAAGGCGCUUCGGCAGCUCGAAGCACGCCAGCGCAAGAAGCUCCGGCUGCAAGCGCUCCUCGAGGACGAGAAGCGAAAACUUGCCGCCUUGGAGUACGGUGAGCUCCAAACCGAGACGAGCAGUAUUUUGCUCUAGUCUAGUAUCAACUUGAAUCUAUGUGCUGGUUCCACGCA